UUAACUAUAUAAGGAGAAUAUUUGAAAUUUUAGUUCAAAACGCCAGAUUACAUUAACCAGCAAAAAGGGAAAUAAGAUAAAUAACUCAACUUUUAAGCAGAUCCAAUAAAUCUAGUAGACUUUUGAAUGAAGAGUAAGAUUAAUGGCGAGAACUUUCAGUUACAGAAACACAAGAAGACAAUGCAACAAACACAACAUGGAGGCAGCCAGGUGGAUAAUACACACAAAAUUGGACGAACAUGGUGAAGAAGAAAGAUGCCCAUACCCACCUAAGGAAAAGGGGGUGGGUGGGUACCCAAAUACCACUGGGAGUGGAAAGAAGGCUUGAAUUGUGAUACAGAAUCUGUAAUCUAAGCAAAAUCUAAAUCUUCUGUCCUCUAAUGGAAGGUAUUUAAUUACAUCCUCAUCCUGGUUAUUCUAAAUUUAUUAUUACCUCAAUCUGUAUUCAUUUUUCAACCCCACAACACCUUUAAAUUCACCAGAGUUGCAAAGGUUUCUCAUUUUUCUUAAGGGUUUUGAAGCAAGAUUGAUCAGUCUCAUUCUUCAGGGCCUAGGAGCACUGUCAGAAUUUUCUGGACUUAAUUAAAUAACGGAGCUUUUUAGAAGGAAAGGAAAUCAACUCUAAUGCAGCGUGGUUCUGGUAACUCUUAUUUACCCACUAGAAACUACGUCAACGGUGCAAGCCUCGGUCGAUCCAAUUUAACUCCCAUUAAUAUGACACCUUCCCAUGGUGCACAUGCUCCAUAUGUGCCGGGUUCAGAACAAUGGGCUUCUCGGUCUAUCAAUCUGUCUCUGCCGGCAGUAGCUAAUCUGAACCUUGAAAAUGGUGCAGAUGGGUCAUCAGCAGCUUUGGCAAGCUCUCACUCUCGCUCAGGAAGUAACUAUUCUAACUGGAGUCCAACAAUAAUUUCGGCAAAUGGAACAAUCACAUACCACCCUGAAAGAAAUUAUUUUUCUUGCUGGAUUCCAGCAGCAAUGCUACAGAUCAUGCAUGCUCCUAAUUUCUUUGUACCACUGCCACAUAUGCCAUGGAACUGGACGUAUAGCUCUUUCUCUGUCCAGGUUCCGUUUGUGUAUCAUAUGACUGGAACAAUUCGAAGUGAGGUGAUUUCCCGUCAAGAUAGCCUGCCGCUUGUUCCUGCUUCUCACUUUCAACAAAUUAGUCUUGCUCCAGGAGCUGAGAGAGUAAUUACAGGAGAGAACAUGGUGAACUCUAGUUUUGCAGUUCAACAAGUAAAUUUCCGAGUAAAUCACAGCCCAAGGUUCAUGGGUGAUUACUUUUUGCAUCAUGAUUUGCUGAGACAAGUGAACCAUGGACCUGGUCCUACACCACUGCAUCCGUACAAUUUUCACAUUGCACAACAUGGUGGAGGACAGAUUGGUACACGUCAAACUUUUUAUGUUGGCAUAGAGAACAUGAGUUAUGAGGUUUUGUUAGCCUUUCAAGACCAGGUUGGAUAUGUCAGUACAGGAUUGAGCAAGGAAGUUAUUUUAGCACGUAUGAAGUGCAUCAAGUAUCAGUCAAUCGAUAUAUCUGUGAAUGACAGCGAUAGGUGUUGUAUUUGUUUGGACAACUUUUGUGAUGGGCAGACCAUUGGAUUUGCUGACUGUGGGCACUACUUCCAUUUUGAUUGCAUCACCGAGUGGCUCAUGCAGAAGAAUUCUUGCCCUCUCUGCAAAAGGACUGCAUUAACAACUUGAGGAAGAACAAUUUGCUCUAGCAAGCUUCUCCAUAACUUGAAUUUUAUUACUUUCAACCUGUAUAUACAUUUAUUUCAAUUUAAGCAAUUUGUUGUACUUUUGAUGACAAUUAAUAAGACUUUUCAAACUGAUAGCAGUUUUAUAAAA